AAACUAUGAUCUAUGAUGAUGGCUAUUUGCGAUCUUGCCGCAGAUUUGCAUGCUCCCUUACAGUGCAACAAUGGAUCUUCUUACGUUCCCCUUCGGUACGAACGCCCCAUUGGUUCCCAUGGCUGCGUUACGUUCCCGCCAGGGAAUCUGCAGAAUACGGAGUUAUAUCCAUACCUCCAUUCCCAUGACCAUAUUUAAAGAUGGCAGAAGCUUCGUCCUGUUCAGGCGCUUAGAAUCACGGAAUUGAUGAACGACUUCAGAACGCUCUUACUUCAUAUAUCCCAGCUGAAAACAGAUGCCCCACAAGGCGAGGAGCAUGAAGAGGGUUAUGCAAUAAUGAGACAAUGCUUCCACGAGGUCCAGGGAUUGAUCUCCGCCCAAUUUAAUGUCGAGGCCAUACAGAACUCAAAUGGAGACGGGGAAUGGCAAAAAGUGCAGCUUCAAAGGAUAAUCCUUGAUGCAUCCGCGCGACGCUUUCAAGCUCACAAGAUUUACCUGCGAAUGGCUGCUGCCAGGAGAUGGGCUAUGAGCCGAAUGAAAAUCCUUCAGGGCCAGAAACCAAACCAAUCGCAUCUGAACGCUUUGAGAGCCAUCGAUCAGACAUUGCGCAACGAGCUUUCGUCGUUUACAGACCCUUAUAUCCGGAAUGAUCUCAUGUCCGCUGAUGUCCGUGCUGGUCACUGGCUCAGCGAAGACCCUGACCUAAGCAUUAUCCUUCAUUGGUUUCGUACUCACUCGUAAUAGGUACGGAUUACUUGUGGAGGCGGGAACGGAACAUGAUCCUCGAAACCCGAAAUUUGACGACUCUACAAUCAAAAUCCUCUAGGAGCGUCCACCCACACGCUUAACGAGAGCGCUUUACGCCUUGUUAACCUAUAGUCUAACGGCGGAGGAGGAAAACUGGAUUUUUCCCCCUUCUAUCAGGAGCGCUGGACGUGUCCUUGCCCUUCAAUAUGGGACCAGUCUUGAAAAGUUCUGCACUUUUUAUACAGACAUAAUCUUUGUUCCUUUGCACAAUUGUUCUGCGCUUUUUUCUUUUCUUUUCUUUUUUUUUGUUUUCCCUUUUGGAAUAUACGCAUUACUAGGGCAUUCGAUACCCCACGUAGUCCUUGCUGUUGAUUAUCUAUGAGCAUUAUCGAAUCUUGUUUGGGCUGGUAUUGUUGGCUGCGGGACAGUUUGUGUACGAUAUCAUCAGUUCAGGAGAACUAGUCUCAUCUAUUGUCUUGGGUCCGGAUAGCUAGAGCAUCCAUUUGACA